UCCAAGAUGAAACGGCUAAUAAAUCAAACGCUGUUCUGUUUUAUUCUAAUGCUCAUUCUGGGAUUGAGUCAAGCUAAAAGUGUAGGACAGCAUCGUCGAGAAGCAAAUGCAGCUCCAGAGCCUGCACCGGUUCCUGCACCAGUUCCUACACCAGAAGCUGCAGCACCACUAGGACAGUCGUCCGAUUUGGAUACUUUUCACUCAGGGGAAUCGAAUGAGGAUGAAACUGAAGCCACCACAUUGGGCAUUGUGUCGAUCAAAUCUCGAGUAAUUGCCAAGGAUCGGGCAUUAUGUCAGCAACUGUCUCGUUAUCAUCCCCAUUAUCCCAAGUGUCAUGACUACUGCAAGCGUUUGGAUCACUGGAUAGGUCAGUGCUGGAAUGAGAGCUGUCAUUGUGUUUCAUAGAACUGGAUUAUACCUGUGUCUGUUUCUUCCUCUCUGUCUCUCUUCCUUGGACUAAUCUUCCGGCUUUGCUUUAUUAAAUUUGCAAAAUGCUUUUAAAAGUCAGUGUUCUCUUCAUUUCCGAUUUAAAACUAAUUAGCAAGUUUAGUGCCCAUUCAGCUCAUACAGGAAGCAGCAUUAAACCUUAUUAAUUUCUAAUCAAAUUGCUAAUCACUUUGCUUUCAUUAAAAUAAUAAAUAAAAAACAACAACAA